CUCUGUGUGCACAUCAGCGCGCGCUUUACCAGCAUCUGAGCAACGACAACACGUCCAGGGAAACAGGGAAUACCACACCUAAGUUACAUUUUUGCAAGUUUUGUGGAGCGCAGAGGAUUUUUCACCAAACAUGGCUGGACUCAAGUACAUGAAUGGCUUUGGGAACGAGUUCUCGUCUGAAGACCCACGCUGUCCCGGGGCUUUGCCGGAGGGACAGAACAAUCCUCAGGUGUGUCCUUAUGGCCUCUAUGCUGAGCAGCUCUCUGGCUCCGCCUUCACCUGUCCAAGGUCAACCAAUAAGAGAAGCUGGUUGUAUCGGAUCCUCCCAUCUGUCAAACACAAGCCCUUCACUCCUGUUUACUGUGGAAACAUUACAGAGAGCUGGAAUGAGGUGGACCCAGAUCCUAACCAGCUAAGAUGGCUUCCUUUCACCAUCCCUAAAUCUUUGGACAAGAAAGUGGACUUUGUGUCUGGUCUCAAUACAAUCUGUGGCGCUGGUGAUGCCAAAUCUCGUAACGGCAUUGGCAUUCACAUGUACACCUGUAACACUCCCAUGGUAGACAGGUGCUUCAACAACUCAGACGGAGACUUUUUGAUCGUCCCCCAGCAGGGCGGUCUCAUGAUCACUACGGAGUUUGGAAAGAUGAUGGUCGAGCCGAACGAGAUCUGUGUCAUCCAGCAAGGGAUGCGCUUUGCCGUGGACGUCUUUGGAGAAUCCCGUGGCUAUAUACUGGAAGUGUAUGGGGCGCAUUUUGAACUCCCCGACCUGGGACCCAUCGGAGCAAACGGCCUGGCAAACCCUCGGGACUUCCUGUGUCCGGUCGCAUGGUACGAAGACCGGACCGUGUCGUCAGGUUACACAGUCAUCAACAAGUACCAGGGAAAACUCUUUGCGUGCCAACAGGAUUUCUCGCCGUUCAAUGUGGUCGCCUGGCACGGGAACUACACGCCUUACAAAUACAACCUGGAGAGCUUCAUGGUCAUCAACUGUGUGGCCUUUGAUCAUGCGGACCCAUCCAUCUUCACUGUGCUGACAGCCAAAUCCACUCGUCCUGGUGUUGCCAUUGCAGACUUUGUCAUCUUCCCUCCUCGCUGGGGUGUGGCUGAACACACUUUCCGUCCUCCAUACUACCACCGCAACUGCAUGAGCGAAUUCAUGGGAUUGAUCAAGGGGCACUAUGAGGCCAAGGAGGAGGGCUUCCUGCCAGGAGGGGGCAGUCUCCACAGCAUGAUGACCCCACACGGUCCUGAUGCAUAUUGCUUUGAGAAGAACAGCACCACUGAUCUUGAACCUGAGAAAGUCGCUGAGGGAACUAUGGCGUUCAUGUUUGAGUCCUCGUUCAGUAUGGCAGUGACUAAAUGGGGGCUGGAGACCUGUCAGCGACUGGACAAGACCUACUACCAGUGCUGGGAGCCUUUACGCAGCCACUUCAACCCAUCCUGGAGACCAUACAGGAAGUAGAAAGAAACCACACCUUCAACAUCAACAACAAUGAGCCGAGCUAAGAUUAAAAGGCCUAUAUAAUGUAAUUUUGUUUUUUACACCAAUUUGUAAUUUUGCUUUAAACACCAUAGUCUUGGAAUUUUUGUAAACUGUGUAUAGAGAAAACCUGAAGGCCUAAGAGUGAUGCAGUUAUUAAAAAAAAUACACAUGAGGAUUGAGGAAAGAGAAUUUGACAGAGAAAUAAUCAGAACUAUUUUGGUGGUGAAGCUGUAAAAUCCAAGAGAUUGAUGGAAUAGGAUGUGCUGACACAGAGGAGUCAUUGGGAGGAAGAUGGGCUAAAAUAUGCAGAUUACUGAAACGUGAGUGAAUGAUACAUUUGAUUCUGAUACAUUAAAAUAAAUUAUAUAGGCCCUUUAAAGAAAGCAUACCAUGUUUGGUUCCCUUUAAAACUAACAAGUAUUAAAAAAUGUGAACUAUAAAAAAUAUGCCCAGCCUGUCAUGUAUCUUUAUUAAAAGCAACAUGUAUUUAACAAUGUCAGUCAUGGGAAUGAAAGUGAUGCUUGGACCAAACUUUGGCAAUUGUUCAAUUUUGUAGCUAACAAAUGAAAUAAACAUUGAUUUAAAUUACUUAACAAAAUGUGUUCAGUAUUUAUGAAUAAUUAAAAAGACAUUAAAUGCAAACCUGCUGCAGAUUUACAUAGAGAACCUCUAAAUCCAUGAUUAUUUGUGCUUUGUGCAUAUAUACAUGGCAGGUUUUAAGUUGUCUGGUGGAAUGGCACCUUUAUAACUUAGUUUGACCAUUUUGGCGAAUACUAUAACAAGGAAAACUAGGCAAGAUUUUUUUGUAAAAUCCUACAUAUAAUUAUGUUAACUAUGUUUUAGUGAAAAUGGUAGUCUAACCUGUCAAAUGCAAG